UGCCCAGCUGCCCACCCAAAUCCCAAAAUCCAAUCUUUGUCCUUCUUUGGCUCUCAUUAAAAACUAAUGCUCAUCCAUUGCCAUUGCCAUUGCCAUUGCCAUUGCCAUCAAUAUUUUAGCUUUUCUUCCCCCUUUUCCUUCUCCCUCAUACAUAAGAGUACUAACAUUUUUGUCCAACUUGUCAUUGCAGGGCUGCAGAAUUCAAUCUUUAAGUAUUUGAAAAGUGGAAAUUACGUUAGAAUUUGCUACUUUUAUUUGUUUCUUGGUUCUCUAUUUUCAUCCCCGUCGAACUGUUAUUGUGCUUCUGAAAUCUGAAAAACCCAAUCUUGCAAAAUGGCUUCAUUGAAUCUGGGUUAUUGGGUUCAGUCUUACUCCAUGCCUAACCAAGUUUCUUCCAUAUCCAAAUCCUUUCCUUUACCUAGAUCUCUUCCCUUCAAUCCUCUCACAACUCAAUCAUCUUCUACCCUGAAAAAAGUGAACUUCUCUUCUCUUCCUUCCAUUACCUCAGUCCUUACCAAAGAAGACAUUGUCAAGGAAGAAGAACAAGACCCUCAAAAGUCAAGCUUUGAUUUCAAUUCCUACAUGCUUCAAAAAGCAAGUGCAGUUAACCAAGCCUUGGAAUCUGCUGUUUCACUCCGUGACCCUGUUAAAAUCCACGAAGCAAUGCGGUACUCCCUUUUAGCAGGUGGAAAAAGGGUACGUCCGGUGCUUUGUUUAGCAGCCUGUGCACUUGUUGGUGGCCGGGAAUCCAUGGCUAUGCCCGCAGCUUGUGCUGUUGAAAUGAUCCACACCAUGUCUUUAAUCCACGAUGAUUUGCCUUGCAUGGACAACGAUGAUCUUCGUAGAGGAAAACCAACCAACCACAAAGUUUUUGGUGAGGAUAUAGCUGUGUUAGCAGGGGAUGCUCUUUUAGCUUUUGCUUUUGAACAUAUAGCUGUUUCUACAGUUGGUGUUCCGCCUUCCAGGAUUGUAAGAGCUAUUGGGGAAUUAGCCAAAGCUAUUGGAGGGGAGGGGUUGGUGGCUGGUCAAGUCGUGGACAUAAUUAGUGAGGGGCUAACAGAUGUGGGAUUGGAUCAUUUAGAAUUCAUUCAUGUUCACAAAACUGCUGCUUUGCUCGAAGCGGCUGUGGUUUUGGGCGCCAUUGUUGGAGGUGGAUGUGAUGAGGAGGUGGAAAAGUUAAGGAAAUUCGCAAGGUGCAUUGGGCUUUUGUUUCAGGUUGUGGAUGACAUUCUUGAUGUAACCAAGUCGUCUAAGGAAUUAGGGAAGACUGCAGGGAAAGAUUUGGUGGCUGAUAAAGUGACUUAUCCAAAGUUGAUGGGGAUACAGAAAUCAAAGGAGUUUGCUGAGAAGUUGAAGACUGAUGCGAUAGAGUUGCUUCAAGGAUUUGACCCUGCCAAAGCUGCUCCUUUGAUUGCUUUGGCUAAUUAUAUAGCUUACAGGCAAAACUAACUUGUUUCUUGUUGUUGUAUAAUUUAUAAUCUUGAUUUCAUUAGACAAAAGGCCUUCACUCGCUGUUUCUUGUUGUGUUUGAUUAAAAAACAAUGGCUUAGAUACGGAAGCAGGCGAGUUGUGUUAAUGUUGGAAAAUUAUUCUACAGGGAUAAUAAAGAUAGAAUUUUGUUUUUCUCUCAAA